UAGUGUCAAAAAAGUGUUGAAGCUAUGUCAAUGUUAAAAAAAGUGUUGAAGCUAUUUCUAGUGUUAGUUUUAGCGUGGUUAGUGUCACUUGUCACAAUUUGGAGGGAGUUUCGAAGUGGGAAUUUGGUAGUUCUAGAUGAAAGCAAGAUAAGUGAUCAUGCUUUGUAUAAAUAUAGGAUUCGCUAUGGAUUUGGGAACGAGUCUCUGUCUAGAUUCGAAAGUAGGUGCAACAAUGGAACGCCGGUUCGAAUAAAGGACAAAAUAAAGGGCAGUAUUCGGGCCCUAGUAGCCAAGGGGUGGGAGGACUACGCCUUCAACGAAUUUGUCAGUGAGGUCAUUCCUGUGAACCGGUCGCUGCCUGACGUUAGAGAUCACAGGUGUAAAGAAAUAAGCUAUCCCAAAGAUCUGCCUUCAGCCUCAGUGGUCAUUUGUUUCCACAACGAAGCCUGGUCUACGCUCCUUAGGACCAUACACUCGGUGCUCGACCGAUCACCAGAUGAACUACUCAAUGAAAUUAUUUUGAUUGACGACUUUUCUACCAUGAAGCAUCUAAAAGCACGUCUGCAAUUGUACGUGCAGAAGUUCCCUAAGGUGAAAUUGAUACGGACGGAGCGCCGCGAGGGAUUGAUCAGAGCUCGGGUGAUAGGAGUGAAACAUGCAGUCAGUGAGAUUGUGGUGUUUUUGGAUAGUCAUUGUGAGUGUGCUGUGGGAUGGCUCGAACCUUUGCUAGACCGCGUCCACGCGGACCCCGAAAUCGUUGUCAGUCCCCUAGUCGAUGUUAUCCUCGACACCACCUUCGAGUACAUAGCGCAAGACAUUUUCGACCUCAGAGUCGGAGGCUUCACUUGGGACCUCAAAUUUAUCUGGAUUGGAAUACCAGACUCCGUCGAAGAAAAGAGAACAGGAAUGGUGUCUGCUGUAAAGACGCCAAUGAUAUCGGGGGGGCUGUUCGCGAUAAAUAAGAAGUAUUUUGAGAAGAUUGGGUAUUAUGAUGAAGGAAUGGAGAUCUGGGGAGGAGACAAUUUGGAACUGUCGUUCAAAGUGUGGAUGUGCGGAGGGAGUCUGGAAAUGGUGCCUUGCUCACACGUCGGACAUGUUUUCAGAAAAAGGUUCCCUUACGAAGGGAGGACCAAUAUUAAAAGGAACUUAGUGAGAGUCGCAGAGGUGUGGAUGGACGACUAUGCCAAAUAUUACUACGAGAGAAUCAACUUCAAGAAAGGAGAUUUCGGUGACUUGACAGAAAGGAAGGAAUUAAGAAAACGUCUGAACUGCAAGUCUUUUGAUUGGUAUUUGAAAAACGUAUAUCCUGACAUUGAAGUUCCUGAUGACUUAGCGGCUAGUGGGAAAAUACUUCAUAUCGGUAAAUACGGACAUUGCCUCGACGCGCCGAAUCGCAUUCGGAAACCGCAGCAUGACGUACAGAUUGCCAAAUGUCACCAUGAAGGUGGAAAUCAGUACUGGAUUUAUGAAAAGGAAGGGGAGCUGCGUCGAGAUAACUACUGCUUAGAUUACAUGUUUGGUACCGUCAUACUUUUCUACUGCAAGCGGUCGGCCUCACAAAUCUGGCUCUACGAUUCAACGGUAGGUGAAACGAAAUACUGCCGCCCAUAUUGGGAUACCCUCCUUCAAUUGAGGAGGGAUUUAAAUCUUCUCGAAUAUGCAAGUAAUUUUAAAGGGAAAUUAGACCCACCUAUGGAGCGUAAGGCGUCCGCUGAGUCGCCCUUAACUGCGUAG